GAAACUGCUGUUAAUCAAUAUGAUUAUAUGGUGAACAAUGAUAAUAUUAUAGACCUUAAUGAUAGCUUGAAUAAAAUGUAUAUUAAUAAUAGUGCUUCUUUUAAUGAUCUUCUUGUUGAUAAUCAGGAUACAGGAGCUGGCAAAAAGGAUUCACCAUCUGUUCAUUUGGAUGACUCAUUUCCUUAUAAAUUUGAAGGCCUAUCUAAGGAAACAAUAUCUGAUGAGCCUCAAGCCCAACAAGUUCUUUAUCACUUUAACCGUUUGGUUAAAGCUUUGGAAAAAGGACAUUCACAACUCUCAAAGGAAUCUCUUCAUGUUCAAAUUCCUGUCUUUAAAGGAGAGGAACAGGAUCCUGUAUACUGGCUAAAUAAAUUUGAAACUGCAUGUUCUGUAAAUAAUAUUCAGGAAGCUCAAAUGUUAACUACUGCCCCUGCUUAUCUAAAAGGGUCAGCACAAUCUUGGUGGAGAACUGUUGUCAGAAUUAUUAAUAAUAUUCCUCUUCAAUUAUCUGAUACUAUCAUUUCUAUUGAUAUGGAAGUAAAUAAUGCCCAAGGUUAUGCUAUAAUUGCUGGAAUCAAUUGGCUUAACAAAGUACAAGGUAUCAUUGAUUUAAAAAGAGGACAAUUUAAAUUUACUUGGAACAACAAAUCUUAUAUUUUACCUAUUACAUAUUGGGAAAAGCCACAAUAUAAUAAUAGUGAACCUAUUCCUUUAAAAAACUCUUCUGAGUUCAAUGACUCAAAUAACCAAACUUCAUCUACUGAAACUAAUUCUAGUGAAAUUAGUGAGGAUAAAUAUGAAUCAUCUGAUAAUGAACAAAAAGAAUCUAAAGGAUUCUUAGUUAUAGGAAAUUCUGAUGAAAAACCUAUACUUGAAAUUAAUAAUACCCAAGUUAAAUAUCAAAAUGAAUCUUUCAACAAUUAUAAUUUUUAUUCUGAACAAACUAGUGAUCCUCGAGUUAUAAAAUGUUAUUGUAAUCAACCACAAAAAGCAUAUUCAAAAUGUAUACAAGAAAAAUAUGAUAGGCAUGUCAAGAAAGUUCCAUUCCAUAUUGGGGAUAAGGUUUUAUUAUAUCAAUUAGCACAAGCCAAAGUACAUAGUAACAAAUUUAGUGAAAAAUGGAAAGGACCUUAUUAUAUUCAUAAUAUUAUUGCACUAGGAGCUUACAAACUUCGUUCUAUAGAUGAUAAAAUUUUAAAAAGAACAAUUAAUGCUAAUCGUUUAAAAUUAUACUUUGAUCGAUCUUUAUGA